GUCACUUCAUUAGAAGAGCAUGUGGAAGCCGAUCUACUCCCUCGGAGGUAUCGUCCUCCCUCUCCUUCUGCUCCAUCAUGCGUGCUGGCUUUUCGUUGCUUCUCACUCCACCCCUCCUCCUCUUCCCCUUCCGCCCCUCCCCUCCGCCGCCCAGCUCCGAUGGCAGCUAGGCGAGAUGGCCCUCUUCUUCCACUUCGGCCCCAACACCUUCACCGACACCGAGUGGGGCUCCGGCCGCGUCUCUCCCUCCGUCUUCCGUCCCGAUGGCCUCGACGCCCGCCAGUGGGCCCGCGCUGCAGCUUCCGGAGGAUUCGCCCGCAUGGUGCUCACAGCCAAGCACCACGACGGCUUCUGCCUUUGGCCUUCCUCUUAUACCAACUACUCCGUCCUCUCCAGCCCCUGGCGCGCAGGCAACGGUGACCUCGUGGGUGAACUAGCUGACGCGGCCAGAGAGUUUGGGAUUGGAAUGGGUGUCUACCUCUCGCCGUGGGAUCGCCACGAUCCAGCAUUUGGGAACACGGUGGAGUACAACGAGUAUUACCUGGGCCAGAUGACUGAGUUAUUGACCAAAUAUGGUGAUAUUCUGGAGGUUUUUUUGGACGGUGCAAAAGGGGAAGGUGAGAAGGACAUGGAAUACUUUUUUGAUCUCUGGUUUCAGCUUAUCCAUCAGUUACAGCCAGAUGCGAUGAUAUUCUCUGAUGCUGGCCCAGACAUUAGAUGGGUAGGAGAUGAGCUUGGAGUUGCUGGCUCUACUUGCUGGUCUCUUUUCAACAAGAGUGCUGCCACGAUUGGGGGUACUAAUGAACCGUAUGCUCGGCAUGGAGAUCCUGCUGGAAUCGACUGGGUUCCUGCUGAGUGUGAUGUAUCCAUCAGGUCAGGAUGGUUUUGGCACAGUUCAGAGCAUCCAAAAUCUGCACUCGACCUACUUGACAUAUAUUACAAUUCAGUAGGAAGAAAUUGUUUCCUGAUACUGAAUGUUCCUCCUAAUUCAACUGGCCUUAUAUCUGAUGAAGACCUUGAGGUUCUGCAGGACUUCGCCACACUUCGCACUGCAAUUUUCUCCCAUAACUUAGCUGAGACUGCCACCAUUACAGCAAACAGCAUGCGUGGGGGUAGAAGUGAUGCAAGCUUUUCUCCAUUAAACAUACUCCAUAAAAGUAUCUACAAUUACUGGGCACCUGAUGAGGGUGAAUCUGAGUGGGCUAUCUUCCUUCAUUUUGAGCAAUUGGUAUCAUUCAAUGUGAUUCAAAUCCAAGAACCAAUUCAAAUGGGUCAACGUGUUAUCAAGUUCCAAGUUGACAUUUUGAUACAUGGAGAAUGGGAGACAAUAGUAAACGGCACAACAAUUGGAUACAAAAGGCUCCUGCGUUUUCAAAUGGUAGAAACUCACUCUUUGAGGCUCACCAUCAACAAGUCUAGGGCAGUGCCAUUGAUUGCUUAUUUGGGCAUUCAUGUUGACCCUUUCUCUGUAGUUUACAAUUCAUUUGGUGCAAAAUCUUCCUCAAUAAAGAAACAUUCCAAGCAAAAAUACAGAAGUUUUUUCGGUGCACUCGAGGUUGCAAUCUAGGAGACUCAGUUCUUUGAAGAUAAAAUUUACCUUUUGAGUGGAAUUUACUUGGAAUUAAGUAGGAUCUGUAAUAUAUUUUCAUUGUGCAAUUAUGUGGACCAAUAUAAAUAGAUGAAUUCUCAAUAAACUGUACGAGUGUUGUUGCAUUCAGGACCUCUAGUAAGUGAUGAGGCUUUGUAAAGUGCUUAUUCUUGUUUAUCUUUUAUCAUACAGUUGGGUAAAGCGUAUUGUUGUAAAGACAAGAUUAUAAAUGAUUUCUCCACCCCUGGAGGGUCUUCGGGAAGGAGAAAAUUAGUAGACA